AUGGCGAAAACAGUGAUCCUCGACCAUGAUGGUAACAAGGAUGACUUCGUGGCCAUGAUUCUGUUGCUUUCCAACCCUAAGAAGGUGAACCUAAUUGGUUGUAUCUGCACUGAUGCUGAUUGCUUCGUUGAAAACGGAUUUGAUGUGACGGGAAAGAUCAUGUGUGCCAUGCACAGGCUCAUCAAAACGCCCCUCUUUCCUAUUGGAAAGUCAACCGCCACUGCGGUGAAUGCGUUCCCAACCGAGUGGCGCUUCAGCGCGAAAAACUUGGAUGAUAUGCCAUUCCUCAAUAUUGUCGAGGACGUUGCGCUGUGGGAGAAGCUGAAGCCUGAGAAUGAGGCGCACAAUGGCCAGCAGCUGCUCGCCGAUCUCGUGAUGAAGUCAAAGGAGAAGGUAACCGUCUGCGUUACGGGACCACUUUCCAACAUGGCUUGGUGCAUUGAGAAAUACGGUGAGGCAUUCACAUCGAAGGUGGAGGAAUGCGUCAUCAUGGGUGGUGCAGUUGAUGUGGGUGGGAAUGUUUUCCUCCCCACCACUGAUGGCAGUGCCGAGUGGAACAUCUACUGGGACCCACCGGCAGCCAAAAAGGUAUUGUGCUGCCCCAACAUCCGCUGUGUUCUCUUCUCGCUUGACGCCACCAACACCGUUCCCGUCCGCUCCGUCGACGUAAAGGGUUUUGGUGCGCAAAAUCAAUACCUCCUUUCGCAGAUGGUUGGUACCAUGUGGGCCAUGUCUACUCAUGAGGAAAUAUUGCGUGAUGGUGACGCCUAUUACGCCUGGGAUGCGCUGACAGCGGCGUAUAUUUUGGAGCCCACUAUUGCCACACUCGAACCGGUUGCUUUGGAUGUGGACGUCAGUAAAGGGAAGAGCGAAGGCCGAACUCCACGUGCCAGCGGUGAGGGCAAGCCGUGCGUCCACGUCGCCAGAAAUCCCUCGAAGCAGAUGUUCCACGACUUAGUGUUCGCUUCCACACGCGUUUGCUGA